AUGCAAGCACCACCCCCUUCCACGAUCCACAUCCCAUCAACAUACACGACGCCAGCAGACGCUCAUGUACGAGUGACCAACCACCCGGAAUCCGCCUCCGGGGUAACGCCCAUCCUGAUCGUGCGCCUGAACCGGCCCGAAAAACUCAACUCCUUUACCGGCGAAAUGAUCACGGGGUUGGAGUCGUUUUUCCGCGUCGUCGAUCACGACAGCCGUGUCAAGGUGGUGAUCCUGACGGGGACGGGGAGGGCGUUCAGCGCGGGGAUCGAUCUGAACCUCGACGCCGCGCCGCCCAGGGAUAUUCCUCUGACGGAUAUCCGGGACACGGGCGGGAGGCUCGCGUUGGCCAUGUACAAUUGUAGCAAGACGGUGAUUGUGGCGUAUAAUGGGCUGUCAGUGGGUAUUGGCAUGACGUCCACGCUUGCAGCGGGUAUCAGAAUCGCCUCUCCAAAGUCUCGCUUCGGCUUCCCCUUCUCCCGAAUCGGGCUCACCAUGGAAUCCGCCUCGUCCUUCUUCCUGCCCCGGAUGGUCGGCUACGGUCGCGCAACCUACCUACUAACCACAGGCUUAACAUACCCAGCCGACUCGAAAACCCUGGACGGGAUAUUUUCCGAGCUUGUGCCGGAACCGAAGGACGUGUUGCCGCGCGCCGUCAAACUCGCCGAAGAAAUCGUGGAGAGGGUCAGCACCACGGCCAUCCACUUGAACCGUCAGUUGAUUUGGAGGAAUGCGGGUUCGGCCGAGGCGGCGCAUUUGGUGGAUAGUCCGUUGUUGGCGCAUCAGUUCGCGAGCAGGGACCACGCCGAAGCCAAACGCGCCUUCUUCGCCUCCGACAAGCCCACCUUCACAGACCAACUUUCCACUGCCGCACCGACCACCUACCCGUGGUGGACGGAGCUGGCCGUCGACCCAAAGCCCGCCGUGGUCCAAGCGACGUCCGAGACGCCCACGACGCCCAAAUCCAAACUAUAA